GACGACAGUUGAUCGCCGCCGUCCUCUAAACCCUAAAGCCUCGCCGAAUUCUAAACCCUUUACCAGAUUUUUAAGCUUUUCGCCGUGAAAGAUGCAGCACGAUGAGGUUAUAUGGCAGGUCAUCAGGCACAAGCACUGCAGUUACAUGGCCAAAAUCGAAACUGGAAUAUUCUGCAGAAACCAAUAUAAUGUAACGGGAAUCUGUAAUCGAAGCUCUUGUCCUCUUGCUAAUAGUCGAUACGCCACUAUCCGAGACCAUGAUGGGGUGUUUUAUUUAUAUAUGAAGACUAUAGAGAGAGCUCACAUGCCAAAGAACUUGUGGGAGAGAAUUAAGCUGCCAAGAAACUAUGAGCAGGCUCUUGAAAUGAUUGACAAACACUUGUUGUACUGGCCCAAGUUGUUGCAGCAUAAGGUUAAACAAAGACUGACUAAAAUGACUCAGAUGCGUAUUCGUAUGAGAAAACUUGCUCUGAAAACAAGGGAGACUGUACUUCCUAUGCCGAGGAGGCAAAUAAAGAGGGAGAAGAGAAGAGAGGAGAAGGCUCUAAAAGCAGCGGUGUUGGAUAAGGCCAUUGAAACCGAGUUGUUAACUCGUUUGAAGACAGGCAUUUACCCUACUGACAUAUACAAUUACCCAGAAGCUGUGUUUAACAAAGUUCUUGAUACUGGAAACGAAGUGGAAGAGGAAGUGGAAGAGGAUGGAGUGAUUGAAUAUGUUGAAGGUGAUGAUGAACUCGAGGAGGAGUUAGAAGAAGAUAUAGAAGACUUCUCUGGUUUUCCAUCUAAAGAGUCUUACCUUGAAGAUGGUGACGAUCAUGACUCAGAUGAUGAGGAUGAGGACGAUGAUGCUGAAGAGCAAGUUGUGAUUCAUAAAAAGGGAAGACCUUUAAAGGGGUCUGAUGAUAAAGGAAAAUCAAAGAAGAAAUCAAGAGUAGUUGUCGAGGUUGAGCAGGAAGAUGGAGCCACAAGGAGUUCCCUGAAAAGCCUCAAACUCUGAGAAAGCUAGUGAAAAAAGUUUUUGAUACUUGAUUAAAAGGGUAAAUCUUUCUUCUUCAGUUGAGAGGCCUUUGGUUUUGUAGAAUUUCUACUUCUAUCUUGUAUAAGCUUUAGUAUGUUCUUCUUACAUUUAAAUUAUAAACCAUCUAUUUUCAAGUUACAAAAUUUUGUUACUGAAAACUCGAAAACAAGAGUCCUUAUGUUAUGUAUCAACAAUGUUUUUA